AUGCUGCUCGCACGGCAGGCACUCCGACCGCUCCUGGUUUCGAUCAUUCUGGCGACACUGGGAUGCGCACAAGAUACUUCUUAUGGGACUGUUACUACGACCACUUAUGGGGUAGCCAGCAGUUCGACGCCUUCCACCACGACGACAUCGACCACGACGACCUCGACCGGCAGCGCCACGCAUACCAUUCAAGUCGGUCCCAAGUCAAACCCGCACGCUUAUGUCCCCCAUAACAUCACCGCCAACCCGGGAGAUGUUGUGGUUUUUGAAUUCUACCCGACAAAUCACUCCGUCGUCAAGGCAGACUACGACGCACCGUGCGUGCCAGCUAGUGAGGGGGUUUUCUUUUCUGGAAUGUUCAACACCUUCAGUGAGAACGAUGGGCAGCUUAUUGGACCGGCGCCGACCUGGUCGUUGAUCGUUAAUGAUACCAAGCCAACGUUCUUCUACUGUACUGCGAUCGGCUCAUGCCUGCAAAAUGGAAUGGUGGGCGUUAUCAACCCGAACUCGAGCCAAACCUUUGAAGCACAAUACAAACGAGCCUUGACCUACCCCUAUAUGCUGGUCCCUGGCCAGUCUAUGCCUGCCGAAGGCGGUGGGUCGACUUCCGCCGACUCGAGCUCAACAACGUCGAGCUCAACAGCGUCCAGCGCAACAACUGGCAGUGGCUCAUCCGGCGCAAACGGAGGUCUGAGUAGUGGUGCAAUUGCUGGUAUAGUGGUUGCAGCAGUUGCAUUUGUUGCAAUUUUGGUCAUCUUGUUCUUUGUUCUCGGUCACAACCGCGCAUACUCCCAAUGGAUGUCCUCGCAGGACGGCCGGACCGAGCGCACAGCACGCUGGGCAAUGUUCAACACCCAGGGCGGUUCAUACGGAAACCGCAAGAGUGAGCUCGACAGCAACACACCGAACCCGCCUGGUACCGAUGUCACCUUCGUGGGUAGCCCAGAUCCUAAUAUGCGCCAAUUCUCGCCUGCACCGGACUCGGUCUCGUUCGGUGGCUCGUCUCCGCGCCAAAAUUCCGGCCAGUGGAACUGGGAGAUCCCGCAGAACGCCCGCUACAUUCGUGGCCCAACCGAAUUGGAAGCAAAUAAUAUCAUUCAUCAACUACCAGGUAGAGGGGAGUAG